AUGGCCGAGAUCGACACAUCAGUCUGGUACAAAACAGAUAUUGGCCCUCGCCUCAGCCAGCCCAUGCGGGACAUUUUCUCUCAAUGGAGCGGUGUAAGCGAGGGUCAGCUUGACGCCCAUCUUCACGCUGUGCGCGACAAAGCGUGGCAAUACGGCAAAUACCCCUGCGUAGGCCAGUGGAUGUUUCUACUCCCCGGCAUUGCCAAAUUCCCCCAAUUCCCCGCUGUCGUCGAUCGCGCCCUCCAACCAAGCACAACCAUCAUCGAUCUCGGCACAGGGCUAGGUCAGAAUCUACGUCUGCUCGCCGCAAAUGGCGUCUCUCCGUCUCAGAUGUGGGCCCUCGAUCUCAGUCCCGAGUUGUGGCAGUUAGGUUACGAACUGUUCAACGAUGACGAUCGAAUGAAGGCUGUCUCCUUCAUCCCCGCCCACUUCCUCACCCAUGAACCGGAGCAGCUGAAAAACCUCCGUGGAAAGAUAGACAUCAUGAUCGCGGGGCAAUUUCUCCAUCUCUUUUCCUGGCAGGGGCAGAUUGACGCUGGAAAACGGAUUGUUGAGCUGUCCCGGCCAGGUACCAUCCUUAUCGGAUAUCAGCAGUCGCGUCGUGCCGCGAGAGAAUAUAUCCGGCCUUGGGGAAUGAUGUUUUACCAUAAUCUGGAGAGUUUUCAGAAGCUCUGGGCGCUUGUAUCGGCGGAGUCUGGGACAGAGUGGAAGGUUGAAGCCACGUUGGUGGAUUUGGUAGAUUGGGGUAUGGAGACCGAAGAUACCCAGUGGAUGCCACCAGACCAUCAGGGGUUAAAUUUCUAUUUGACACGGGUGCGAUGA